AGAAGUUGGCAGUCACGCCGGACGGACGUGGCCAGGGACGCGCCGAGUGUAGCCGGGUGUAAGCAGUCAGUGUAACAGGAGGAAGCCAGACGCCCUACUGGAGGAAGCCGGACGCCCUACUGAAGGUAGUAGCACGCCCUACUGGAGGAAGCCGGAGGUCCUACUGGAGGUAGCCGGUCGCCCUACUGGGGAAGCCGGACACUCUACUAGAGGUAGCCAGGCGCCCUACUGGAGGUAGCCGGACACCUUACUGGAGGUAGUAGCACGCCCUACUGGAGGAAGCAGCACGCCCUACUGAAGGUAGCCGGAUGUCCUACUGGAGGCAGUAGCACGCCCUACUGGAGGAAGCAGCACGCCCUACUGAAGGUAGCCGGAGGUCCUACUCAAGGUAACCGGACGCCCUACUGGAGGAAGCCGGACGCCUUACUGGAGGUAGCCGGACGCCCUUCUGGAGGUGGUCGGUCGUCCUAUUGGAGGAAGUAGCACGCCCUACUGGACGUAGCCGGUCGCCCGUCAUACUGGAGGUACCUGGACGUCCUACUGAGGCUCGACGAACAGUCUUCUGGAGGUAGACGAAAAGAGCCGAAAAAUCCAAUUGCCGCCGCUACAAGCGUAAUCGGACGAGGAGCGGACGUCUAGCUGCAAAACGUGGUCAGCAGGCAUUGCGGGCUCAGAAUAUCUUUGCAAAUCAUGUCUGGCAGUACUCCUGAGAUCACAGCUACUACUCCAUGUCCGUGCGAAAAUGUUCUGAACACCACGAUUGCACCGUUCAACCCUACGAUCAAAUACAGUCUUCCCACCAUCUCGUCGUUCCUCGACCCGACGAUCGGCAACGAGGGUGCUCUGGUGCUCUGGACGGUCGGCUCCCUGCUGCUCUUGGUUCUGGGGCUGCAGCAAUUCAUCGGCGCAGGAAUUGCCGCGUUCGCCGGACCCAACAGCGCAUUCGGAGCGCUGGGCAACGUACCAAACAUACCUGGUGAGAACGAUGAUGAAGAUAAUGGAGGGCAAGAAACAGGUACAGCUCAGUUCAACGCCAACUUUCCGCCGCCUCCAAAUCCUCCGGCACCUGGUCCGGUAACAAACCCAGCGGUGGUUCAGCCCGCUGACGGUGGGGGGACAGGCACUGACGGAGACUCAGGAACGAAUUCAGGAACAGAUGCAACAGCUGAUGGUACAGGAACAGCUGCUGCAGGAGUUUCAGAAACAGGUCCGACAGGAGGUGCAACAACUACUGAAGGAGAUUCAGGAACAGAUUCAGGAACAGCCACACUAACUGGAGGCGUGGGGACAGAUCCUGGCAUGGAUGCAGGAGUGCCCACGGGAACGGGUACAGUUCCGGACCCAUUCACUGAUCCCGAAGCUGCUUUGGGACCGGCGAACGGAACACAAACUCGCUUGCUGCAAGGAACCAGAACAGAAUCAUCGACAGAUACACCGAGACCGUCUGCAACACCGCUUACUUUCAGUAAUAGUUUUUCGAAUGGACGAAACCCAGUUCCAGCUACCCUGCAGAAUGGCUUAACACGCCCACUGCCGUCGUCCCAGAGCGGAGCGGCCGCGGCAGCGGUGGAAGCUCGGCCGUUUGCCGGAACAGGCGCUGGAAGAGACCCAGCAUCAGGAGGCCUCGGCGGCCCAGAACGUCCAGGUCCGACGACUGGGAACGUAAAUAAUGGCGCAAGACCCGCUGCGCCGGGGUUCGUGGCUGAGGCAGAUCCAGCCAUAACCUUCCAAACUAGACCAACCCAAUCUGCUGCAACGGACGCUGGUUCACCCAUCUUACCAGAACGAGGACCCAGACCAAACCAGUCCAAUCCGCAAGAGCCAGGACUGAGAGCACCAAGUGGCACAGGAGCUGAGAAAACACCUGAAUUAAGUGGAACCAAGGCUGGCAAAGGAACUGAGCAGAUACAUUCCACAGGGGGACAACAGACCAGACUUGUGUAUCCAUCGAACCACCUCCUGCCUGCCGGGGUUCCGCCGUCCCAGCACGGUUUCUUACCUCACCACCAACCGCCAACACAUGAACACCACCGGAACCCGUCAUCGCACGCAUUCCCAGCCUAUUCUCAGUCGACAGUCCACCACAGAAACCCGCCUGUGGGAGAUAAAAUCAUCGGCGAACGACCGGCACCCUUUCGGCCGGUCCACAGCCCACCGGACACCUACCACCAGGUCGAACGUCCGCAACAUUUAGUUGUACGCCCGGUAGGGCGACCACACCAGAACUUCCUUCGGAACAACUUCCUUCGACGGCUGCUUCAACCCAUAUUGUGAACAUUUGCACUUCUUCACAGCAAACGAGUUGCAUGAACGAGUCACGGGUUUGAAUGACAACACUGGGCGAGCGGUAGCUUAUUUAGAAAACGCAAAGUGAUUGCUAAAUUAAAUUUAUGUAAAGAUCGAACAGGCCAAGGCUAUGAUGAACAGGCUAUGACUUAAGUAGUGUCGAUAACAACGCUAAGCGACCGUGUGAGUGCGUAUUUAUUGAGCGAGAGCUUUGAGUGGCGUAGGUGUUCAAGGCGUGUAAUGCUUCGACUUCCGCGGUAUGGAGAUUCUAGAGCUACACGAUGCCUGCUGUUCCGCCAUUAAGAGCGAGAUCAUUAUGACUAAUACAAUUAUGUAGAACUACAAUAUGCAAGUGUGUGAUAACGAUAUAACGAUAAAUACAAACCUUGCUUCUUCA